AUGCGGGAGGGGAGCGCGGGCGGCCGCGGCGCCGAGAACCGCACGGGCCCCGAGCCCCCGCUGCACCUCUUCCCCGCGCCCGUGCUCACCGGCAUCACCGUGGCCUGCGUCCUCCUCUUCGUCAUCGGGAUCGUCGGCAACCUCAUGACCAUGCUGGUGGUGUCGCGGUUCCGGGACAUGCGGACCACCACCAACUUCUACCUGUCCAGCAUGGCCUUCUCCGACCUGCUCAUCUUCCUCUGCAUGCCCCUGGACCUCUUCCGCCUCUGGCAGUACCGGCCCUGGAACUUGGGGAACCUCCUCUGCAAGCUCUUCCAGUUCGUCAGCGAGAGCUGCACCUACUCCACCAUCCUCAACAUCACCGCCCUCAGCGUGGAGCGGUACGUCGCCAUCUGCUUCCCCCUCCGAGCUAAGGUGAUCAUCACCAAAGGGAAGGUCAAGCUGGUCAUCCUCUUCCUCUGGGCUGUCUCCUUCAUUAGCGCCGGACCCAUCUUCGUCUUGGUCGGGGUCGAGCACGAGAACGGCACCAACCCGCUGAGCACCAACGAGUGCCGAGCCACGGAGUACGCCAUCCGCUCGGGGCUUCUCACCAUCAUGGUCUGGACCUCCAGCAUCUUCUUUUUCCUCCCCGUGUUUUGCCUGACCGUGCUGUACAGCCUGAUCGGGAGGAAGCUCUGGAGGAGAAAGAGGAAGAACAUUGGUCCAAACACUGCCAUCAGGGAUCAGAACAACAAGCAAACUGUGAAGAUGUUAGUUGUGGUGGUAUUUGCUUUCAUACUCUGCUGGUUGCCUUUUCACGUAGGACGAUACUUAUUUUCCAAGUCCUUCGAAGCGGGGUCCUUGGAGAUAGCGGUGAUCAGCCAGUACUGCAACCUGGUGUCCUUUGUGCUCUUCUACCUUAGCGCAGCCAUCAACCCCAUUCUCUACAACAUCAUGUCCAGGAAGUACCGCGUCGCCGCGUGCCGCCUCUUCGGGCUGAAGCCGCUUCCAAAGAAAAGACUCUCCAGCACCAAGCAGGAAAGCUCCCGCGCGUGGACAGAGCCGAGCGUCAUCACAUGACAGGCGGGCGCGAGCAUCACGCGCCGGCGUGACCCAGAGAGCCACCACGGAAGAGGAACGGGACAAGAAACUCCGGGCGACAUGGAAAGCUGCGCUCCCGCCAUCGGCUGCGUUUGCUGAAAGUUGUAACGUAGGCAGUCAGCGAUUAAAAAAAAAUCUAAACUUUGAGCGUCUGGAAGGAGGCACACGGUUACAGAAUUCAGCAACACUCAAAUGUUGUUUCUCAGCUGCUUUUACCCAUAUGGUUUCUUUUUAAUGCGGCUUUACCACUCGGAGCAGGCAAACGCGGCCCCGGCCGCUCGAGCGCUUGCGCGACUUCGAGCAGCAGCUAAUUCGAGCUGAAUUUUUUCCAGAGUUCACGUUAGUUUUGCUAAGAAUUUUGCUAGUGUAUAAUCAGACCCUAAAGAGAGAAAAUUAAAUUGCCUUUCUGGUGCAGUAAACAUGGAAUUUGAUAUACUUUUCUUAAUCCUGAUUUUUUAAAAAAGCAAAUUUUUCCUCGUUUAGAGAAAAAUGAUGUCUUAAAAAAGAGAGAAAUAAAAACAGAUAAUUUCUAAACACACGACUAAAAAUAAACGACCUUCAUAUCUUGCCUGAAUAGGAAGGAAAUGAAAAAAUACCUUCAUAGAAAUGGCUCAGAACACAGCUCGUACAGAAAUAUUUUUUUUAAGUGAAUAUCAGUGGGACAAGGACAGUGCUGACUUCAGAGCCGCAGUGAUGCUGUAAAGAUACGGAAUGUAAUCUCCCACCAAAGCGAUUUUUUACUAGCUAAAUCAUCCGUACUCGUUCUGUUCAGCUUGGCUGCGAACAACUUGAUGUGUUUGAACUUGAAAGCUUUUAGUUGUUUCAGUGUCGUAAUGCCUCCGCGACUGCCUGUCCCUUUGCUGUGCACCGCGGUCCCCCGAAAGGUCCUUAGCAAUGGGGGUCUCCGGCCUGCAAACACCCUCCUCUUCGCUGAAGAGCUAUCGGUUUGCCGGCACCGCGUCGGCCGCGCGGGCGGGAGUUUGGGUUGCCCCCAGCACGCCACAGCGUACGGUCGCACCAGCUCGCUGCGGUAUUAAUUUCAAAAUCACGCUCACUGACUUUUGGGAACAUCUGUAGCAAACGUGACCUGAGAAAGUAAUGGAAAAAUCUGCAUUAAGACACAGAGGCAGAGACGUCCUCGUCCUUGAUCCAUAAAAAUCUCAGAUUCAGUUGAUUUUUGUAACUCAAAUAUCCUAUUUAAAAGGAAUAAACAAGCCUUUCCAUCCUGUGUGCUAACGUGUAUGUCCUAUAUUGCAUCCGUUGUCAUAUCAACAUGUAGAUUUUGUGGUCCAGCUAGUACAGCUUCUGAGCAUGCAUGUGCAAUAGCAGCUUUCUAUUUAUUUUGUCCUAGUAUUUAUUACCAGCUGGUCCACAACUGAUUCUACAUAAUGAAUUGUCCAUCAUCAAAAAUUUCCUACUGCCUUGAAGCUCCUGUCAGCGACGAUGGGCCAUAUUCCGCCUGUUGCACCUUCAGCUAACGGCGCUGCUCAGGUAUAACUAAAAAGUGAAUUUGGCCUAUUCUGUAUAUACCGUCUCUUUUGUAUCACAUUUUGCUGUGUUAGGGCUACAGAUUUGGAUUGCUUCUCUUUGACGUGGCACCUGAAUUGGUUUUGCUCCCCAACGAUGAGGUUUUUGAACGCAAACAUACGAUUUAAGGGACAAAGCAUAAGAAUAGCUGGGGAAGCCACGACCGAUCAGAGAUGCAAAGGGUCGAACUAACGAGACCGCGCUGGCGUGAACCUCGGGAGCGAAGCGAGCCCCGGGCUGGUGGGGCGUUGGUAGGAGAGCCGUGGCGCUGCUGCAAUCAUCUCCCCUUCGGUCUCUAACACCACUUCUGCUUUUUUAUCCUUUUCGUUCUUUCAUUCCUUGUUGACGGACAAACAGAUCUGGCGGCAGAUACCACGCAACUCAGGGAAACAAGAAAUUUGAGGAUCUUGAAAAGGUGGUGAAGAUGCAAGCUCACGAACCACGCCGCUGUGUAAAUGAGUUGAAUGUACGCCUAACAUCACCUCGGUGUUUCAGAUUUCGGCUGUGUCUAUGGUAUUAAAUGUGAACAGAAAAUCAAAUAAAGUUAUG